AGAGAGCACAAUCUAUGUUGUAAAAGGUCAGCUAUACCUUUCCUCCUGGGUCUUACCAGGUCCCCUCUACACAGCUGGGUCAGCUUUAUGUCAGAGGGAGGAGGACUUUGCUGCCCAUGCACAGGUCUCUGGGGACAAAUGGAGGCUGUGGGUUACUCUCUAUGCAGGAUCUGGCUGCUUUUCUUGCUGUUCUGGCUGGGACAAGGGAGGCGGAUGGCUCCCCCAGGUUUUGUAGAGAACAGUUGCCACUCCAGGAUUUUUUGGAUGAAACUGAAUAAACUCUUGCUCCAGGGAAAGUUCUUCCAGCUGGAAAUUAAUGAUCCUUAUGCUGGCCCCCUUCUACUGGAUGAGAAGCUAGCAUCUCGCUGUGGCUAUGUCCUGUCAGAAGAUGUGUGGGGCAACCCCGUCUUUCGUGCGUCACUGCUUGGCUGCCAUGUGGCCAACGAGGCAGAUGAGCUGUUUUCACUGACUGUGAACAUCAAGGUCUCCUCAUUUCCAAGCAUGAGGGCAGCUGUGACCUACACCUACCCUAUGUACUGCUCCUACUCCUCCUGGGCUUCAAGAGAAAUCAUGUGUGAAGAAAACUACAUGGAGGUGUCAGUGAAGACUGAUGUCCCUGCAGUUUCAAAUGACUACACCGUAGCAUGGAUGUCAGCACUGCCAGAGACUCAAAAUGUUGCAUACCAGCUAUGGCAACUGAUGUUUGUUUCUCCAUCAGGGAGAAAGAGAAUAACGGUAAGCGAUGCAACAAAACUGGGCUACAGCUUCAAUAACACGCUGUCCCGAGUGUACCUCCGUGCACCCUAUCAUAGCAACGAGUCUGACAUCAGCAUGGUUAGUGGCGUCAAUAUGAACAUGGUCACUUCCACUUCCAUGUACAGGCAGCGAUGGCUGCUUUUGCUGAUUGACACCACUGUCUCCUGUCCUGUUGAUGGCAUCAGUUUCACUGACACUACACUAACAUGGACUGUGCCAAGUGUUAUCCCCACAUUAGUGGUUCGAGAAUCCACCUUUCUGUCUAAAAACAUUUUAAUGGGAGUCAAUGGUCAAGUCAUAGUAAACCCAGAGGAGAAGAACUAUUUACUGGAGCACAACGAGACACUCAUCAGAAUAACUAUCCCUAUUGGAGCGGAAGGAGGCAAGCUAAAGAGCUCCAUAUCUGGUGGUGUAUAUGGAGUCAUUUACAGUAUUGACUUGUUUUUGGAGCACACGUGGACAGAUGCAGAUUGGCAAACCACAAAGUAUACAGUCAUCAAAUCCAUCACUACACCUUUCAUGCCACAAAUACCAACUGUUAUGAACAAUACUCUGCCAGACGAAAGGCUAUUUAAUGUUGCAUUUGGACACUUUCUUCCCGAUGUCUCCCUGGUGGCAAUCGCAAUAGGAAAUGUGCCAUUUACCCUGAGGGAAGCACAGCACCAAGGGUUCAAGAUUUAUGAAACUCCCUUUUCUAAUAGAACUAAAGGAUUUAUCCUGGAAGUCUCUUUUGAUGAUCCAUAUGUUCUAAAAGAGUAUGUGAACAGAAAUGAAACAAAAUAUACCCUCCUCAUUAAUUACACUCUAAGUGUGGGUCCGGAGAUGACACUCUAUUAUCACUCGGCAGAGGUGGAGUGUGUGAUUGCUGAUAUCGAACUACCAGAAGCAGUUGGUUACUGUGAUGAAGAAAACAUGUAUCUAGCCAUCCCUACUUUUGGCUUGCACCAGUACUGGAACCUGUAUCUUGGUAACAAGCUCCUGAACCGGCACGUUGCACUUACCAACGGCUAUCUCGCAGCCACCAAUUCUACACACCUGAUCUUGCAAAUACCUCUGUUUGCUGCAGGACUUAUCUAUGAGUUUGAAGGUGAUCACAUUAUUUAUGAAAAUGAAAUCUCUUAUGAGAAAGAAACUCUCCCAGAACAGAGCAUACCAACAAUUACAAGAGAUCCAGACUACAGGAUUGAGAUUAAUGGCAGUGAAUAUGCUGCACAGUUCUGUCCAGUGGCAGUUAGCCCCAGGGUGAGAAACCCUUCUCAUUUCAAAAGGCUAGCAGUAACGACCCCGGCACAUCAACUGGAGCAG